UGUGCAGCCCACUUCACUCCUCCGAAUCGACAACAUCACCUCUCUCUCUCUCUCUCUCUCUCUCUCUCUCUCUCUCUCAUCUUAUACAGUUUCGGAAAGGCAAAAGCUAUGGCGAAGUUGUUGCCAGAACAAGAACACCCUGUAAAGGCCUUUGGAUGGGCAGCUAGAGAUCAAUCUGGUCAUCUUUCUCCCUUCGUUUUCUCAAGAAGAGCUACUGGUGAGGAAGAUGUAAGGUUUAAGGUGUUGUUUUGUGGGAUUUGCCAUACUGAUCUUCACAACUUGAAGAAUGACUGGGGUGUGUCUAUGUACCCUAUUGUUCCCGGGCAUGAAAUUGUAGGGGAAGUGACCGAGGUUGGGAGGAAGGUGAAAAAUGUGAAGGUGGGAGACAAAGUGGGAGUAGGGUGCAUGGUGGGUGCGUGUCAUUCUUGCGACAACUGUAACAAUGACCUUGAGAAUUACUGUCCCAAGAUGAUACUCACCUACAAUUCCAUUUACUCCGAUGGAACAAUCACUUAUGGAGGCUAUUCAGAUCACAUGAUCGUUAAUCAGCGUUACGUUGUCAAUUUCCCAGAAAAUAUGCCACUUGAUGCUGGUGCUCCUCUCCUUUGUGCUGGGGUCACAGUUUAUAGUCCCUUGAAAUAUUUUGGAUUAGCAGAACCUGGUAAGCAUGUUGGUGUGGUUGGCCUGGGUGGUCUUGGUCAUGUUGCUGUUAGAUUUGCCAAGGCUUUAGGAGCUAAAGUCACCGUGAUUAGUACAUCCCCUGACAAGAAACACGAUGCAAUCACCAAACUUGGUGCUGACUCUUUUUUGGUCAGUCGUGACCAGGCCCAAAUGCAGGAAGCAAUGGGCACAUUGGAUGGAAUCCUAGAUACAGUGGCUGCAGUUCAUCCCAUCUUGCCAUUACUUGGAUUGUUGAAGACUGAUGGGAAGCUUGUAUUGGUUGGUGUUCCAGAAAAGCCUCUCGAGCUACCUGUCUUUCCUUUGAUUGCCGGAAGGAAGGUUGUUGCUGGGAGUGGCAUUGGAGGAAUGAAGGAGACUCAAGAGAUGAUUGAUUUUGCAGCCAAACACAACAUAAAAGCUGAUAUUGAACUUGUCCCAAUUGAGUAUGUGAACGAAGCAAUGGAGCGUUUGGCUAAAAAUGAUGUUAAAUAUCGGUUUGUUAUUGACAUUGGAAACACCUUGGCUGCUGCUACCAAGCCAUGAAGACGAUCCAAUUCCAAACUUUUCUGAAUCUUCUGAACAAUAAAGCCGUUUCUGGCUUAAUUAUAUAUCGUUGGAUGUAUUUGAUGUUUAAAUGUUUAAGUGUUGUCUGCUUUCUAAUUACGGGAAAAUCAUUCUCAGACUCAAAUGAUUAAGAGAUAAUUUCAGCAUCGUAUAAUUUUAUUGUUGCCA